CAGUUCAUAUGGUGGCGGUAUUGCACCAUAAAAGCUAGCAACCACCAUAAAGCAAGAGGCUCAAGUAGGACUGGGUUGACAUUCUACAAAAACAUGGCGGCCUUCGUAGUUGCAAGCCGUCCGAGUGUCCUUCCGAGGAUAUCUGCCACUUACUCCUCUGUGGUGCUACCGGCUAUACCUGUAACCGUGCAAAACCGAAAGAUUCAUCAUGCUGUCAUUCCCCGGGGAAAAGGAGGUCGCUCUUCUUCAAGUGGCAUUGCUGCUACUGUGUUUGGAGCUACUGGAUUCCUUGGCCGAUAUGUCGUGAAUAGACUUGGACGCAUGGGUUCACAGAUAGUGGUUCCUCAUCGCUGUGACCAGUAUGACCUGAUGUAUCUGAGGCCUAUGGGUGACCUUGGUCAAAUCAUCUUCAUGGAAUGGGAUUCCCGCAACAAGGAGUCUAUCAAACGGGCAAUCGCUCAUUCAAAUGUGGUGAUUAACCUAGUGGGAAGAGAGUGGGAGACAAGAAAUUACAAGUUUGAAGAUGUCUUUGUGACAAUCCCACAGCAGAUUGCUAAAGCCACCCGUGAAGCUGGAAUCACUAAACUAAUCCACGUGUCUCACCUAAAUGCAGAUAUCCGUAGCCCAUCCAAAUACCUCAGGAAUAAGGCAGUUGGAGAGAUAGCCGUGAGGGAUGAGUUCCCCGAUGCUAUCAUUAUGAAGCCAUCUGAGCAGUUUGGAAGAGAAGAUCGUUUCUUCAAUCAUUUUGCUAACAUGCGCUGGUUUGGGAAAGCUGUGCCCCUUAUUGCCAUGGGAAAGAAGACUGUGAAGCAGCCUGUUCAUGUGGUGGAUGUUGCCAAGGCUAUAGUGAAUGCCAUCAAAGACCCAGACGCCAAUGGGAAAACAUAUGCCCUAGUUGGACCCAACAGGUAUCUGCUGCAUGAUCUGGUCGAAUACGCUUAUGCAGUUGCCCAUCGCCCUUUUGUUGCGUACCCCAUGCCUCGUCCGCUCUAUCAUUUCAUUGCCAGCUUCUUUGAGAGAACCCCAUUCGAACCUUGGACAACUCGUGACAAAAUCGACAGGUUCCACACAACGGACAUGAAGUUCCCAGGACUACCUGGCCUGGAAGAUCUUGGUAUCACACCCUCAACUGUAGAGCAGAAGGCCAUUGAGAUCCUGCGUCGUCAUCGUCGCUUUCGCUAUCUGGAAGCUGAACUGGGUGAAACUAAACCAGCCAAAACUGUUAACAUCUAGCAUCCUCGAUAUGACAACAUUUAACUGUCUGUGUUGCUGAUGUGGUAUCUUAUAUUUAAAAAAAAAUCCCUUCUGUACAUAAAUAAUAAAAUAUUCACACAAUUA